GGCGCACUGUCCAUUUUUGAGAAAAUGAAAGUAUUUUAAGCGCGCCUUAUAGUCCGAAAUACAGUAUUUUGAUACUGUAGACAUACUUAUAGAUAAGGCGUGCCUCAUGUUGAUGAAAAAAAAGUACCGGUGUUUUUCAAAAGCAGUAUUGUACCUUUUUUUAAUUAAUUAGUACCUCUGUAUUUUAUUAGCACCAGUAUAAAUAUAACAUUUCCAAGUCUUUUUUACUUGGACACAAUCAUAUCGUACCGUGGCCUCAAUACCGUGAUAUCGUGUGGUGAGACUUUGAUAUCGUUACAUCCCUAGUUUAACCAUUUUCUAAUAUUGACAUACCGUAUUUCCUUGAAUUGGCGCCGGGAAUAUAGUAUUCGCCUGCCUAGAAUUACAGCCGGGUCAAACUCGUUUCGCAAAAUAAUUAGCGCAUGCUUGGCACUUCCGCCGGGUCAAAUAUGAGUCAUUAAAUGACUCCCGCCUCCAGGUGGUAGAGGGCGCUAGUGAUCCUUCUUGCGACUACCAGUACUGCAGGAGACAGGUACUGCAGAAGAAGACAACAAGCAGCAAGCAUGCAGCAAUUGUUUGCUUGCACUUUUAACAUGGAGGAUUACAUAUCUAAAAUAAAACCGUUUUCUAAACUGGACUUUCAAUCGAAGCAGGAGGUAAUAAUUAAAGGAAUAUCUCCAGAGACUUUUAAAAUUGAAGAAAGAUGAGAAAGACUGCCUUUGAUCAGAAGCAGCUGCACAUGGACCCAUCUACAAGUAAAGUCAGACGGAUCAGCUAUGACAAGUUACAAGAUAAUUGCCGCCUUAUCGCUGAUUUGCGAUAGCCUAGCACUACAGCCCGACACCAACGACCGGCUACUCACCUACAGCCGAGAUGAACUCCUGCUACAUCGAGCCUCGCUAUGGAAUAACACCAAGCCUGCCGUGGUCCUACCUUCGGAGCUUCGGCCGAAGAAAAGGGGAAGGCGUGGAGGCAUCCAGAGCCGGGUAAGAAGACGUCCCUUUAAACGUCCUCUGCCCACCAUCAUCAUGUCCAACGUACGAUCACUCCGUAACAAGAUGGAUCUACUACAUGCAAGGUGCCGUUUUGAAAGGGCCUUAAGAGACAUCUGUAUCAUCGCUCUCAGUGGGACCUGGCUGGAGGAGUCGGUUAUCGACUCUGAGGUGAGCCUGGACAAUUUCACCAUCGUCAGGUCCGACAGGACAAAGCACUCGGGGAAGACGCGAGGCGGUGGGGUCUGCCUUUACAUCAACGACAGGUGGUGUAACAACAUCAAAGUGCACUGUAAAGUGUGCAGACCCAACCUGGAGUUGUUGACCCUGUCCCUCCGUCCCUUCCAACUUCCCCGGGAAUUCCCCACUGUUGUGGUCAGCUGUAUUUAUGUAGCUCCCAGUGCUAACAUCAACACAGCAGCGGAGCAAAUGCCAUGUUAUAAGUAUCUCGGUGCUCCGCUGCUUUAUUUCAGGGACUUUAACGGAUGCAGACUGGACAAUGUUUUACCAUCUUUCGAACAGUAUGUGGACAUUCCAACAAGAAGGGGAAACAUAUUGGACUUAUACUACGGGAACAUCACCGAUGCCUUCCGUGCCCGUUCAUACCCUCCGCUUGGAGCUGCUGACCACAACGUCAUCUGUUUACUUCCGUCAUACAAACAGGAACUAAAGCGCCACAAACCACACUGCAGCAGUGCCCCCCAGUGGACGGACGACGCCACCACUCAACUCCAAGGCUCUGUAGCUUGUACUGACUGGGCCAUUUUUGAGUCUGAAUGA